UGCCCCAGGAGAUUCUGUCUGAUAACCAGGGGCUUCAGGCCUGGAGGUUGACAAGAUUCCAUUAGCCCAGAAUAAAAAAAAGAAAUUGAGAAAUGAUCCCCAACACGCCUACCGUGGGGAGGGUCCGGCUCACAGUCCAAGGAUCUGGAUCGGUAUCAAGGCUGGGAACGAUGCUAGAGAGAUCAUCUGGGAAGCGACAACCGAGGCCGAGCUAGAGGUGCUGAGGAGCAGACCCUGACCUCCGAGGCCGAGCUAGGGGUCCCAGGAGAGAUCCUGACUCCUAAGGCCGGGCUGAGGAGAUGUGGCGCUCCGCACUGCAGCCUCAACCUCCUGCCUCUCAGUCGGGGUCUAAGGCAGCUGGGUGAGAAGGGCUGAGGGGAAGCACCUUCAUCGGGAGUCAAGUGGACACACCCAGACCAGAGAGGAAUGAUGGAAGCGCAUUUUGGCGGUGAUUCGAAGAUGGCGGCGAGAGCGCUCUGGGGGGGCCUCAGCCUGCUCCGAAUAGCGUGGUGCCUCCUCCCUCAGACAGGCUACCUGCAUCCCGACGAGUUCUUUCAGUCCCCCGAGGUCAUGGCAGAGGACAUCUUGGGGCUGGAGGUCUACCGUCCGUGGGAAUUCCAGGCCGGCUCCCCGUGCCGCACGGCGGUCUUCCCGCUGCUGACCAGCGGGGCCGCCUUCUGGCUGAUGAAGCUGUGUGAGCGGCUGGGCCUCCUGCGGGCGGGCCCCGUGGACAGCUACGCCCUGCUGGUGGCCCCCCGGCUCCUCCUGACCGCCUGCUCCUUCGCCCUGGACUGGGCCGUCCACCGGCUGGCCCCGCUCUGGGGCGCCGAUCGCUGGGUCGCCCUGGCCCUGCUGGCCGGCUCCCACGUCACCCUGGUCUUCUACACCAGGACCUUCGCCAAUGCCAUCGAGGGGCUCCUGUUCGCCUGGCUGCUGGUCCUGGUGUCCCGCCGGCCGGGCCCGGGCCCCGAGGGGUCCGCUUGGCCGGUCGGCGCCGUCGUGGCCGCCGGCUUUUUCAACCGGCCCACCUUCCUGGCGUUCGCGCUGGCUCCGCUGUGGUUCCGGUCAGCUCGCCGUGCGGCCCCCGGGGCCCGGCCGGGUCCGGGAGCCCUGGCCCGGGACGCCCUGGAGCUGGCCCCCGCCGCGGCCCUCACGGCCCUUGUGUUCGUGGCCGCCGACACGUGCUACUUCGGCUCCUCCGAGGGGCCGGGAGGCCCGGCCGGGCUCCUCGGGCUCCUCUCCGGGGACCUCGCCCCGGUGCUCACCCCCUACCGCUUCCUGAGCUACAACCUGGACCCCCAGAACCUGGCUCGGCACGGGACCCAUCCGCGGGUCACCCACCUGCUGGUCAACGGGGUGGUGCUCUUUGGGACGCUGCACGUGACCGCGGUGGCCGCGGGCUGCCGGGCGCUGAGGGCCGGGUGCCCCGUCCGGGCUCGUCCCGGGGCCCCGCGGCCACCCCCUCGGCAGCCCCACGCUGCGCUCCUCCUCUUCUAUUUUGUUCCCCUGGCGCUCCUGUCCCUGUUCAGCCACCAGGAGCCCCGCUUCCUCAUCCCGCUGCUGGUGCCCCUGGUCCUGCUCAGCAGCCCCCGGGGCCGACCCGUGCAGCACAAGGCCGCCGUCGUCCUCUUCAACGCCCUGGGGGCGUUUUUCUUCGGCUGCCUGCACCAGGGCGGCCUGGUGCCCUGCCUGGCCCACCUGGAGCGGCUCGUGCACGCCCCGCCUCCCCCGGGCCGUCCCCCCGACCGCUUCACCCUCCUCUUCGCCCACACCUACAUGCCCCCUCGCCACCUCCUCAACCUCGGGGGGCAGGAGGCCCCCGUGGAGGUGGUCGACCUGGGCGGGGUGGAGGCCGGAGUCCUCUGUGAGACCCUGGAGCGGCUGGGCCGCCGCCCGGCCUGCCGGGCCCGCGGGGCCUCCGGGGCCCAGGGCCGAGCCUGCCGCCUGUUCGUGGUGACCCCCGGCACGGCGCGGCCGGCCGUGGAGAGCUGCGGGUUCCCCUUCCAGAACCAGACGCUGCUCUUUCCCCACCUGACCCUGGAGGACCCCCCGGCCCUCUCCGCCCUGCUCGGCCACGCUUGGCGGAGCCAGCUCGGCCUGUUUCUCCUGGAGCUGGGGGAGCCCAAGGGGGAAGGGGACGCGGGCCGGGCCUCGGCCGUCCCCGGGGCUCGGCCUGGCUGAAGAGGGGUCCGGCCCGGGGCUGCGGGCUGCCCUUCGGGGGGCUUCCCCACCCGGUCGGGGGAGCAGGCGACCCUCCGGAGAGAGGAGAGAGAGAGAGCCAAAGAGAGCUGGUCAUCUGCAGAGGGAGGAAGCGGAGGUCGAGGCGGCCACCGUAUGCCCUUGCCCUGGGAUGGGCCCGGGCUGCCCAGAGCUGAGUCUGGCCCUCGGCCCCCCGGAUGCCCGCCAGGGACCACCGCACUUGCACAGUCUCGGGGUGUUUACCAGGCACCGGAGCAGUGCUCACGGAUGGGGCAUUUAGGGGUGGAGUCACCGGGGGUGGCAGGGGCAGGUUCUCCUUUGCCCGGCCCCUAGGACUCCGGACCAUCCCGAGGAAGAGUCGCCCACUUCCCGCCUGCUUUCCCCCAGCGUCCGGACUGAUGAAAACCGCUAACAUCUGCCGGGUGGCAGGAGCCCGCUAAUGCUGCCACGGCACGGAGGGAGGGAUUAGCUGAGCUGGGAAUCCUCGGGUGGAGGACAACAAGUUCACCUACCUUCCUCACAACCAUUUGCUCGUCGAUCAGGAAGACGUGGAUGUUUGCCUGCGGGAUCUAGACGCCACCGGACACGGUUUAAUACACGUUUCUUCAGCAGUGAGUUCAAUAAAGCGGUGGUUGACGAAUUA